CCAUUCUCUCUCUCUCUCUCUCUGUCGCCAUGUCUCUCCUCAAUGAUCUCAUCAACCUCAACCUCUCUGACACUACUAAGGAAAUCAUUGCUGAGUACAUAUGGAUUGGAGGCUCUGGUAUGGAUUUGAGAAGCAAAGCAAGGACACUGCCGGAGCCGGUGAAUGACCCAGCGAAGCUUCCAAAAUGGAAUUACGAUGGAUCAAGCACCGACCAAGCUCCCGGAGACGACAGCGAAGUCAUCUUAUAUCCUCAGGCGAUCUUCCGUGAUCCAUUCAGGAGAGGAAAGAAUAUCAUGGUCAUGUGCGAUGCGUAUACACCGGCGGGUGAACCGAUUCCUACGAACAAACGGUUUAAUGCUGCCAAGAUCUUCAGUAAUCCCGCUGUUAUUGCCGAGGAGCCCUGGUAUGGCAUUGAACAGGAGUACACUCUCCUCCAAAAGGAUACAAACUGGCCCCUUGGAUGGCCAAUUGGUGGCUUCCCUGGACCUCAGGGACCUUACUACUGUGGUACUGGAGCUGACAAAGCAUUUGGGAGAGACAUUGUAGAUGCCCACUACAAAGCAUGUCUCUAUGCCGGAAUUAGCAUCAGUGGAAUCAAUGGUGAAGUCAUGCCUGGACAGUGGGAAUUCCAAGUUGGACCAGUUCUUGGGAUUUCUUCUGGUGAUCAACUAUGGAUGGCUCGCUACAUUCUCGAGAGGAUCACUGAAAUUGCAGGAGUUGUUCUUUCAUUUGACCCAAAACCAAUCAAGGGAGACUGGAAUGGUGCUGGUGCACACACAAACUACAGCACAAAAUCAAUGAGAAAUGAUGGUGGAAUUGAAGUGAUAAAGAAGGCUAUUGAGAAGCUGGGUCUGCGACACAAGGAACAUAUCGCUGCUUAUGGAGAGGGUAAUGAGAGAAGAUUGACAGGUCGCCAUGAGACUGCUGAUAUCAAUAAAUUCUCUUGGGGUGUUGCAAACAGAGGUGCUUCUAUCCGUAUCGGUCGUGAUACCGAAAAAGCUGGGAAAGGAUAUUUUGAGGAUAGAAGGCCUUCAUCAAACAUGGAUCCCUAUGUGGUUACCUCCAUGAUUGCUGAAACCACCAUUCUUUGAAGGCUUUGGAAUGAAAUAGAAAUUUAUGAGAGGGAGGUGUGUUGAAGGUCCCUUAGUUUAUAAUGCAUGAA